AUGCUUCGGUCUUUGAAUCACCUUCCGGACGAGAUACUCCACUCCAUUCUAUGCUACUCUCACCCUCGCUCCUGCGCUGCUCUUGAACAAACCAGUCACCGCUUUGAGAAUGUGACCAACGAGCCUUUGCUAUGGCGUCACUACUGCCAACUCCAUUACAAGUCCUGGGAUAGAAGACAUGGUAUCAUUCGGAAGCUUGCGAGCCCGGUUCCUACGGUCGACUGGAAAGCGCUUUUUGUCUUACGAUAUCGCAUCGAUGACUCCGCCACCCAACUUCUUGAUAGUAUUCUUGCUAGCCAGACUGGACGCAUCGAAAAAUUUAGGGCUGUCAUUGAUUACGGAUAUGAUGCGAAGGAUACUCUUUUGCGACACGGUCAAGUUGAAACCGGAGAAGAUCAUCUUGCAAGAAGGUAUUAUGCCCGGGCAUUGUUGACCUGCCUCCAUAGAAGUAUUGCAGUCCCUGAAUGGGCCAAACUCAGGCGUGGAGAGCCAGUAUCGCUUGAGCGCGCAUUGGGCGCCUUUGAUUUGUUCAUUCCGGAGAGCGGAUAUGGGGACUUGGAUGAGAUACGAGAAAUGCUGGCUACAGUUGUUGGUCAGUUCACUUCAUUCUAUCCCGACUUGGACUCUCUUAGCCCGCGCGAAAAGGCUCUAGAACUUGCGCGGUGGUUGCAACUGAAUGAUUUCACCGGAAUUGAGGCAGGACGGGAGUAUCAUUCUCUGGAGCACAACUUCCUGGGGCUAGCUCUACAGAGUCCCGGUCACAGCUCGCUGCCGUUGAUCUCGGCUGCCAUCUAUUGCUACGCCGCUCAGGAGCUUGGACUGAAUGCCCACCCUUGCGGGUUCCCAUUUCACGUCCAUGUCAUCAUUACUCCACGACCGGGCUUUGAUAUGAGCGGCAACAUCCUUGCUGAUGCGGAGCAAGGUUCCCCAAUGUAUCUGGACCCAUUCCGGGGGGCAAGAGAGACCCCAGUAUCCGACUUACGAGACCAGCUAGCCUUCCUUGGUGUGUCAGACCAGGCUGAAUUCCUCGGUGAUGCUCAGGCUUCGGACAUUGUCUUGCGCUGCAGCAAAAAUAUCCUGAAUUCAAUUCAUUCUGCGUCUACUCGCCCGGGGGAAGCAUCUACUUCUGUAGACAUGGUGAGUGCAAAAUACGCGGCUCUGUGGUCUUCAAUGCUUCUUUCGGGUGAUUCGCGUCCGAUGGAUCUACGGCAUCAGUUACCAUGGCUGAUGGAAUUGUUUGCCACUGAUUUCCCGUCCGAUAUAUUCUUGGUGGAGCAGUACAUUGUGCCUCUAUUUCACGGGCUUUUUGAGCAUGAACACAUACUGGAAAGCCUCCAUGUCAUGCGAGCAGUCGACGAAAUACCCAAGCAGGUGCGCAGGAGGACCGAGGAGAAUAAGAACAUUCGAUAUAAGGUUGGCCAAGUCUUUCGGCAUCGUCGCUAUCACUAUCGGGCUAUUAUCACCGGAUGGGAUUCAGAAUGUGGCGCGGGAGAACAGUGGAUGAGGCGAAUGGGGAUUGAUCGCUUGCAAGCUGGCCGACAUCAGAGUUUCUAUCACGUUCUGGUUGAGGAUCGAAGUGUUCGGUACGUGGCCGAAGAGAAUAUUGAUCUAAUUCUUACUCAUCUUACGGAGUUGCCGCAAAGUUUGACUGCCAUUGCAGGGAAACACUUCAAACGGUGGGAUGAGGUAACGCGGGCCUUUAUUAGUAACGUGAAAGAUGAAUACCCUGAUGACUAG